CCCAUCGCGACUCCUUCCCGUCUGGUCUGGUCAGUCUGGUUUCUAGCGCCGCGUCCUGCACAACCGCACGUCCGCGGUCGACUUAUCAACUGAGUGGUAAAUGUGUAUAUUUAGAGCGUUUUUUUCUUCUUCCCGCCGUUCUUGCUCUCAAUAUACCCCCGUCCCGUGCGGUUGUGUGCACGCGCUUGCAGGAGAGAAGAAAUGAGCCGGGCUGCUGUGAUAGCGCGUGAAGGUUUUACUGUGUGUGUGUGAGUGUUGGCCUUCCAUUUUCGGUCACUAGCUGCUAGUGUAGAGUAGUGUAUUAGUACGCACUUUUACUGCGUUAUCACCCGUCGCAUCUUGCCCGAUAUGACAACACAGCCGCGGUCUGGUGCGCCGUUCCACCCACAUUGAUAACACGUAACUCUUCAGUUCCGCUCCGGUAGCUUAGUGAUAGAGGGAUAGAGACUAACCUUCAAAGUGCGUGCAAGUGUGUGUGUGUGUAUGUGUUGUGUGUGUACCUGUACCUGGAAGUGCGGUGAGUGAGUGUGUGCGAGUGUGUGUACAGUGUAACCACAACACAGUGUAGUGGAAUGGUAAUGUCCCUGCCGUGCGAUGACAGCGCGUGAACAACGAGUUUAAAGUGAACGUUUAUUGCGAAACAAAAAGCUGCCGAAAAUCAUCAUUUGCCGUUCCGUUGUUGCCCCACGGGCCUCCGUGAACAGAGAAGAGAACCCCCCAAAGCCUACUCAGUGCAUAAUUGUUCGCUCAGCCUCCACGAGAGCAGCGCUGCUUAACCGUUUCCAGAACAUCCAGAAGGGGUAAAAAGCACACCAAACCGCUUCGGGCCGACAGGGCAGGGCGUGUAGAAAGCACGGGCAUGGAUCCGUACGGCUGGCCGGCUUCACCGUUGCGUGCUGGCGGUGGCGGCGGUGGUGGUGGAGGAGGUGGAGGUCCCAGCGGCAUGUACGACAACAUUUCCAACGACGGCAUACCGAUGGACGCGCUGGCCGAGCUGCAGGACACGGGAUUCGAGCCGCAGACGCGGGCCCGCUCCAACACCUGGCCCCUGCCGCGGCCGGAGAACUUUGUCGAACCGGAAACGGAACCGGACAGCAACAAGUGCAGCAAUCAGCAGCUGGCCAACACCGGCUCCAGCAAUACGCAGCUGCAGGCGGCCGCAUCAUCGUCCUCGGCCAAGAAGAACUCCUCGCGACGCAACGCCUGGGGCAAUCUAUCGUACGCCGACCUCAUCACACAAGCCAUCAGCUCGGCCAGCGACAGCCGCCUAACGCUCAGCCAGAUCUACGAGUGGAUGGUGCAGAACGUGCCGUACUUCAAGGAUAAGGGCGACUCGAACAGCAGCGCUGGCUGGAAGAACUCGAUCCGGCACAAUUUAUCGCUGCACAAUCGCUUCAUGCGGGUACAGAACGAGGGUACGGGCAAGUCGUCCUGGUGGAUGCUGAACCCGGACGCAAAGCCGGGCAAGUCGGUGCGCCGGCGAGCCGCCUCGAUGGAAACGUCCAAGUACGAGAAGCGCCGGGGCCGGGCGAAAAAGCGCGUCGAAGCGAUCCGGCAGCAGGCUGCCCUCGGUCUGGCCACCAACCCACUGAACGAUGCCACCCCUUCACCGAGCAGUAGCGUUAGUGAAGGAUUAGAUCUGUUCCCGGAGAGUCCACUGCAUAGCGGUAACUUUCAGCUGUCGCCCGACUUCCGGCAGCGCGCCUCCUCGAACGCGAGCUCGUGCGGUAGGUUAAGCCCGAUCCAGUCGAUCGUGGGCGUCGAGAACACGUGGAACUAUACGGCGGCGGACGUGGCCGACCUGGUCGACAGUGCCGAGCAGGCGCAGGGCGACGUGCUCGAGCUGGACAUCGGUACGCUCGAUCAGCUGGCCGGCUCGCUGGCGGACGAGCUGACGCUGCAGCAGAACGAUUACUUCAAAGGAUUUACGCAGUCGACGGCGAUGCACAAUCAGCCACCGCCGCCACCGUACCAGCCGCCCCAGCCCUACUCGCUGAUGGCCUCGGUCGCCCCGUCCUACGGUCUCCCGCAGCAACAGAAUCAGUGCCCGAUUCAUCGCAUACAACAUUGUACCUGCAUGCUACAGAAUAAUGCUCGUGAGAGCAUCUCACCGGCGUCCGGCACCGGCAUGUCGCCCUCAUAUCCGCACAGCGAACCGUCACCUGACUACGCCAUGCUAAUUGGAUCUCGCGUAAUACAAAGAACGCCCUCGUCUAGUCCUCCGCUAACGCCAAAUACGAUCUGCGGAUUGAUAGCGCCACCGCCGCAGCAGCAGCAGCAGCAAGAUCCAACACCGCAGACGCUAAUGGGUCAAGUGAUGGAAGCUUUAAACAGCCAAACAAACAUCGACGACAUCAACAUCAACGUGGAAGCGUUUCCGUGUGUGGAUGAGGUGCUAAAGCACGAGCUCAGCUUGGAGGGAUCGCUCGAUUUCUCCAACCUGCCGCUGUCGAUCCACAACAGCUACGCGGCCCCGAACAAUUCCAACUCGUCCGACUCGUCGUCCGGGAUCAGUGCGAUGACCGCACCGUCCCCGAACCAGCAGGCGGCCGCACACAACCACGGCCAGUACGCGGCCCGCACGAGCGUCACGCCACCGUCCUGGGUGCACUAGGGAGUGUGUGAUGGAGUGCGCGGUGCAUGGAGCCGGUACCGAUGGCGCGAUGGCGCGCAUCGGUCCAGUGAAUUGAACGCUUUUCCGAGAGCGGACCCAGUGCCCAAGUGCUGUGAGAAUGCAACCCCUUGAAAGAGAAGCCCAGCUUGCCGAUUGGGGGAGGAGAAAAUAAAAACAAAACACCGACGACCGAAACGACUCACGUGGGGAAGCGCUGAACAACACCAUCGCACUGGUGAUCGUACGUGAUCGUACCGGAAACGGGGAGAACGAAUGGAGGAAAAAGGCUCUGCAAAAUGAGAAAUUAAACAGACAAGCCAAGCUUUUUGUUUUUAAUGUACAUAUAGUGUAUGCGAGAGCGUAAGUGUGUGUGAGAGAGAGAGAGCGAGAGAAUGAAUGGAGUCUCUUGUGUGAAUGACAGCGAAGGCUAGUAAACAAGAUAUAGUGACAGGUAGAGUUGAUUAGUAGUAGGAGCGAUAGUAGGCGCGAUAGUACGAGCGAUAGUAGUAGAGUAGCGUUAGUUGCAAUAGUUUUUACCUUAGUACCUACACGCAGCUAUCCUUAUGUCGAGCUCUAAGCUGUGUAGCGUAAGGAGCAGCUUAGUACAUUGUUUUAAGAUGCGCAACAACAACAAAAGUCACACGCACACACAUAGUAAGCGAGAGAAGGAGUUGUUUUUUUUGUUUCGUUCGUUCUUUAACUAUAGUAGGGGCUAAGAUUUACGGAUUUAUUUGUGUUUUUUCCCUCUCUCUCCCUACUCCUGGUAGUGACAUCUCAUCAAAGCAUUGUUAAAUUGUUUGUUGAAUUUUUAUUUGAUUUUUUGUACGAAACGAAUUGUUUAACCGUUUAAUAACUAACAACAUUGCAAAGGUGUGCAACAAUAAACUCGCUGCACCGGGAAAAGGGUGACAAACACUGGUUUAGUUAAGUCAGCCUUUCCCCAUUCCCUUAAGCCGCCCCUCCCCACUCAUAAUACUUCCGCGCUGUGUGAAAACUCAACUGAAAGUUGUUUAUUGGUCUUCCUUUUACGACCGUUUUUUGUUAUGACUAAACACUAAAAACCUGAUCUUAUCUUGUUAUAAUAGUACUGUUUAAUUAUUUUUUUUCGUGCGUUUCGUUUAUUAUUAUUUUUUUUUGGGGCGGGGAUAAUAGAAUCGUUCUUUUGAAGGCGACCGCCCGAUAGUGUACAGAAUAAGCUUUUGCGAAGUAUGAAACCCAUAAACAUACGUAUAUAAUAAUCAAAUGUAGCUUAUCGAGUUAGCAAUUAGGAGAAGAAACUGUACAUACGUGACGACAAUAUAGGUUGUUAAGCUAAGCUAUAUAUAUAUAAUCCGGUUGCUCUGGUUUUGGUACAACGAUCUGUUUCGCCGACAAGCCCUUCCCAGCAAGCCGCCCGCCCCCGUAUUGGUCGUUUUUCAAGCGAUGGCUGCACAAGCUUCUUCUCGCUACUUAACACGCUACUACCACAAACGCUUGGUUGUUUGGUGAGAUAUCAUUUUUGUGGCAAGCGACCGUGUUGGUUGUUUGUCUCUCAUUUGAUAACUUAAAAAAAGACACCAAAUCAGCAUAGAAAUUUCCAUUGCAAAGGAAAACUUCUCCAUUUUCAUCUCGAUCACUAAACGAGUGCAGCCGUAGCCCCAGUUGAAAGCUGACGAUACGAUGGCGAGCGGGUCGUGUGUAUGUGUGUGAGCGUGCAGCGAGUGCAGCGAGAAUCAUAGCUAAAACGGUACACAUUAAUCGGUGUAGAACUUCUAAUUCAAUAAAUUGCCAGUUCCAUUAGGGAAAACAAAACAGAAAACAACAAAA